CUUCCUCUUUGCUUCGUAGUUGUCAACUUCUGGAAGCCCUUCUCAUUGAUCGCAACGUGUAUCUUCAUUCUCCUGCCCAAUUUAAUGAAUAGUCAAUCCUCUUCGAAUCUUCAACGAUCCUCUUCGUAUAUUUAAUAGGUUUCGGUCAAAUGAAAACAUCACCUCUUCCUAUAUAGUUGUAAACUCUACAUCCUUAAACAAAAAAAAUUCUAUUUCGCUUCCUUCUCCUCUGCUUCAAGACCUUUCUUCACCACCAUCAUUCCCAUUUUACAGAUAUGGAUACCAACCGGAAAGCUCACCCGGAUUGCAAAUAUGCUAAAAACCCCUUCCAUGAAUGUGCUUCUGAUUGUAUAGAGAAGAUUGCUCAAGGCAAUGGAAAGAAGAAUUCAAAGAAGCAAGCCUCAAAGGUUCUUAGCCUCCCAGGGAGUUUCGGUAAGAAAAAGUCAGAAUCACAUCCACCUUCACCUCCUAACCCAAGGCCCUAUCAGAACGGUACCGCCAAUUCUCCAAGAGUUCAUCAACCAAGACCUUCAUCAGUAGCUGUGAAGAAGACAACGGUUCCAGAAAGUAACAGAUCUUUCCCCCCUUCAUCGUCCGAUGAGAUCUCUGUUAACCUCAAUGGUCAGCAUGAUUUUUACAACCAUAAGCCAGAGAAGCCCUUGAAGACGGUUCCACUAUCCCCAAACAACAUGGCUUAUCAUACCAAAACCGUAUCACCAAAGCCUCGAGUGUUUGAACACAACGGCAAGAAUGAAGCAGCCAGUGAGAUUAGUGAAUUCAAUGUUGUAAGCCCUCCAAGGUCUUACGUCAAUGAUGAUGAUGAUGAUGAUGAUGAUGAGGAAGGUGUAGAGCUCGACCUUCAGUCUGUUAUGUCAGACACAUGUGUUUCGGUUGGAAAAUACCGUGUGAGCUCUGGUGUCUCCACAAUCCUACAGUCAAUUAUCGACAAACACGGAGACGUAGCUGAAAACUGCAGGCUAGAAUCAGCAUCGAUGAGGUCCAGAUACCUAGAAUGCAUGUGCUCAUUGAUGCAAGAACUUGGAUCAACUCCGGUCGCGCAGUUGACAGAACUAAAAGUCAAAGAGAUGCUUGCGGUUGUUAAGGACUUGGAGUCUGUGAACAUCGAUGUUGGUUGGCUACGUUCUGUUCUUGAGGAGUUUGCUCGGUUUCAAGAGAACGCAGAGUCAGAGAAAGAGAGACAAGGAGAAACAGUGAGGUCUAAGAAACAAGAACUGGAGAUUCAUGAAGCAGACUUGGCCAAGAUAGAGGAGGAAGCAAGGAAAGCGAGGUUGAGGGUGGAGGAGAUGAAGGCGGAGCUGGCUGAGCUUGAGACAGAGCGGUUGAGGAUGGAAGAGAUGGGAUUUAAGGUUGAGAAAUUUAAAGGGAGGUCGUUUCUUGAUGAGCUUCUUUGAUGUUAAAUUAAACUCACUACUCCAAAAGUAUAAUGUAUAAGUUUGAUAUUUGUUCUUUAACAGUGAUUAAAGGUGAACGAUAUUACAGUUUCUAAUGAGUUGAUUACUAUUUACAGAGGGUAUUAUUUUCUUGUUUAAUUCUUUUGUAUCUGUGACAAUAAAUUACUUGGUUCUUAUUAUAAUAUAAGUUUCUUAUUA